AUGACAUGCACUCAAUGUACAUGUGCUGCUCUAAUGGAUAAUGCCGUUGGAUGGAACUGUAUGACGAACAAUGGCACUUGUCAGUUAAUUAGCAACUAUUCAUCGAACACUGGCUAUUUUAUAGCAACAAUCAAUGGAUCGUUUUCCUGUCAGCAGCUCCCACCCGAACCAUUUCUAAGAAUAUCUGAUACAACAUUAACAAUUUCAACAGAAAAGCUAUCAGCGCUACUUCCAGUACUACAACAAGCAGCACCACAUCAAGUACAACCACGAGCAGCACCACAUCCCGCACAACCACAAGCAGCACCACAUCGCGCACAUCCAUGA